UUUCUGGUCCCACUCUCGCGGCUCGCGCGCACCAGUCGCCGUCGAUACGUCUGCGCGGGCGAUCGUUACCGCGCGCGCGCGCAAAUAACACCUUUCGCAUUCGAAUAUUCAAAGUGAAAUUAGUGUUGUACCUCGUGACGUUUAACAUAACAACGAUACUACCUAUUCUACCAUACAACGUAACAUGUGAGGUGAAGUGACGAAAUGUGAUAACACCACAGUGCUUUACCGUAUUGCGGACUUUACCUUUUUAUGGGCGUCACGAUGGGCAGCGGCGUGCGAUGACCCGCACUGUGCAGGUGUGGCUCGCGGUGCUGCUGACGGCGAGCGCGGCGCGCGCGCAGCUCCGCCCGGCCGACGCGCCAAACAACAACAAUGACACACGAUGUGGCCUGGAGUGCGUGAGGUGCGCGGCGGACGGGUGUGUGAAGUGCGCGCGUCUGCUGGUGUGGCCGGAAGGGUGGUGUGCGCAUGAGUGUCCUUCGGGUACGCGAGAGGCGUGGGCGCACGACGACCACCUCAUGGGCCGCGUCUGCUACCCCGCACAUACUUACAAUGAGGUUCUAGUAGGCGGCGCGUGCGGCGCGGUGGCGUGUAUCGCGCUCGUGGCCGCCGGCGCGGCGUACGCGCGGUGCAGAAGCAACGCGCGUGCCCAAGCGCAGCCUCUACCGCAGCGACCGAGAGACGACGACGCACGCCUCAGAGAGUUCCAUAAACAACUUGAUUGUUUACGGCCUCAUGCCUACACUUUGCUGGCGAUACUGAACCACACGCGCCAUCAAGUUCGAGAGCUGUAUCAGCUAGGAAAUAACGACGCUGCAAUGGCUUAUAGUUGCGUGCUGAGUGAUCUGGCGAAGCUGCUCAUUCUGCUGAAUAAGCAGCAAGUACCCGUGGUACCAGAGGAGUGGCCGCGGCUCGCCAGUUGGGCGGAUCGAAUAUUAAAACGCUACAGCCGAAUGGGCGUCGGUGGGCCGCAAGAAGGACAGCUUGUGAACUUCCUCCCCGCGCCGCCCAGCCAGACAUCGGACUCCGAAACCCAGCAGUCAUUCUCUACCUUCAAGCCUCCCUCAUACUCGCCCACUAGCUACGACAGCAAUGUCGAUAAGGACAUAGAGAGCCAGUGCGAGUGGAGUGACGUCAGACCUCCGAGCUACUCCCAGAUUGAAAGAGAAACAAUCGUGCUCUCAGACCCCUGGGAGCGGCGGCCGAUUGUGCGGCGGGAGAGCGUCUGGCUCGAAGACGAACUGUUCGAGAUGACGAGAAGGCCCCAAGACGAACUCACCACGGAACUGUGAACCUAACAACAACGCUUGUGGGUCUUCAUUCCAUUGCCGAGGGCUUUAGAAUUUAAGUUAAAAUAAAAUACUGCUUUAAGAUGUGUUUAUUUUGUUAAACACUACAACAACGUAUUAAUGGCAACUUAAAUUCAAAGCCCCAAAAGUCUGAUAAGUACAAAAUAGACGUUUACUACAGUAAAAGUAAAAUAAGAAUUUUAAUGUUUAUUUUUGUACUGUUUGUUAAUGUGGUGCUUUUAAUCUAAUAUUGGUUUUAUUAAAAUUGGAUCGUUAAAAUCUCAAAAAUAAUUAGGAAGUAGGAUGUUGUUCAUGAGUUCUUGACUCCUCGUUCUUGUAUUUCAGCAUAUCGUAUUUUAAU